CGUUGGUGGAUAAAGUAAUAAUUUUCCAUUUAGUCUAACACAACAAAACGACUCUAAAUAGACGAAAAAUGUUUGCAAACAAUUUCGGAGAACAUAGCAAUGUUUGCUGUGGACUUGUGUCAGUGGCUGCACGCGAAAUUUACCCAAUUCCGCUAAUAUCCGUAGAUGUAAGUGCUUCGGUGAUUCAUGCUGUUGCACAAGUGGAAAUAACACAAAAGUAUGUGAACAAAGAGGAGCGACCAAUCGAAGCGAUUUAUUACUUUCCAAUGAAUCCGGAUGGAGCUGUUACCAAUUUCCAAGCAGAAUUAGAUGGCAGAGUUAUCAAAGGAACGGUGAAACCACGCGAAGAAGCUGAAAGGGCCUACAACAAGGCAGUAACAGAAAACACGACAGCUUUUUUGGGAGAGGAGAUUAAAGCUGAUAUAUUUAAACUCCGAAUAGGUUUCUUAAAACCAGAAGCUGAAGUAAAGAUCAUCAUCGAAUACAUUACGGAGGUGAAAAAUGAGCCGGGAUCCGAUAAUAUUCGGUUCUACGUUCCUACAACAAUUGCUCCACGCUACGUUUCUGCUAAGGAAACCGAUGAUGGCGCGAUUGCAAUCAGAAACAUGAAAUUUUCGUUAACAUCGCCAGCGCCAUUAUCCAUUAGCGUAACAAUUUCGAUGCAAGGCGGAAUUAAGUCUAUUGAGAGUCCUACGCAUAAUGUGAGAGUGGAGAAGUUGAAACGAAUUUCUGAAGAUGAUGUUUGGCACAAAACUGUUGUGGAAUUGUCAGGCAAAACAACUGAUAUGGACCGAGACUUUGUGCUAAAUAUUGUACCUGAGGAAAGUCAUACUCCUAGGCUAUAUUCAGAGAAGAAUGGAAAUGGCUCAACCGUUGUCAUGGUUUAUCUAAUACCCAGUUUUAAAUUGGAUGAACAAAAAACUGAGCUUAUCUUUGUGGUGGAUAGAUCUAUGUCAAUGAUGGGUGAUAGCAUUUCUUUGGCAAAGAAAGCACUUUUACUGUUUCUCCAUUCUAUGCCUGCCGAUUGUUAUUUUAACGUGAUGGGGUUCGGUUCCACAUUUGAGUUGUUAUUUCAAGCUAGUGUAAAAUAUGAUGACGAAAGUUUGAAGAGAGCGAAAGCACAUGCAAAGGAUCUGAGAGCCGAUCUUGGAGGAACCGAAAUUCUUGAACCUUUAAAGAGAUUAUACGAUAUGUCCGGACGAGAUGGUUACUUGAAACAAAUUUUUAUUCUUACUGAUGGAGCAGUUUCCAAUACUCAAGAAAUCUUCGGGAUCGUUAAGGCCAACGCCCACAAAGUUCGUGUAUUUACACUUGGCAUUGGUGACGCAGCAUCUCAUAGCUUGGUUGAAGGGGUAGCUAAGGCUGGCGGUGGAACAUCUGCCUUUGUUACGUACAAUGAAACCAUGGAGAAGAAGAUUCUCAAUCAACUAAAAAAUAGUCUGCAACCGUCACUGACUGAUAUCGAAGUAGAGUGGGAAGGGCUGCCUGCAGAUCCUGUUCAAGUGAAAAAAAUUGCUCCUCUUAACAAAACGAAAACGUUAGUCGGCUACAAUAAGCCUGUGGAGUCAGCGUCCGCGAAAGCCAUUUCGAAGUUUAAACAGUCACCGAAAAGAAUUCCGCCAGUGUAUGACGGAUCUCAGAUGUUGGUGUUUGGAUUGUUUGGAAAUGAGUCCCCGACAUCAGCUUUAAUUACAGCACAAUCCCCCGAUGGACCUUUGACAGUGAGAGUGGAGCAUUCUCUUUCAAGUAAUGCUGGUGACACGUCCAUUCUACAUCGUCUUGCAGCAAUCAAACUGAUUCGUGAAUUGGAAAUUGAAGUUUCUGCUGUGCGCUUCAAUUAUGAUUCGAAAGAGGAAGAAGAAAACUUGAAGCAAGAGAUAAUAGAAAUUGGAUGUCAGAAUGGGCUUGCUUCAAUGUACACCUCUUUCUUUGCUAGUGACGUAAAGAAAGACAAAUUCUCGACGGAUAUAUGGGUAAUUGAAACUAGACAUGUGCCCACACAAUUUGCUCAUGGAUGGCAGGGAGGGUGUAGCUUGAAUUCGAUCGGUUCCUCGGAUAUACAGCGGUUUAUGCCAGUAACCCCACAAAGACGUUAUUUGACGCCAGCAGUGACGUCAAACGAUUGUUAUACAUCAAUGUCUCUCAGAUCUAAGAUCAAGUCAAUCGUGAACACCACCUUUAGACGUGGUGAAAAAAAUACUGCAGAAAAAUCUGCCCCAGCUGUAAUACAAUUGACCAGCCUUCAGUCAAACGAUGGAUCUUCUGAUUUGAACGAUGAACUCGUGAACACCUUUAAACUUGGUGAAAAUGCUAUUGCAGAAAAAUCAGCCCCAGCUCUAAUACAAUUGAUCAGCCUUCAGUCAUACGAUGGAUCUUUUGAUUUAAACGGUGAGCUCGUCUCGAUCUUAGGGAGAAAAUUGAAGAAAAUGGAAGAAGCCUCUACCAAGCAUAAGUUCACUCAGCAGGUCUUCGCAACGGCAUUAGCGAUAUGCUUCUUCACAAAUCAUUUGGCAAAUGAGGUGGACAAAUGGGAGUUGAUUGUGUUGAAGGCUCGAAAAUGGUUAGCAAUGGCUGUGCAACCGGAGAAUGUGGACGCUGUUUUAAAUGUAGCAGAUGGUUAUCUUAAAGAAUAAGAAUGCUUUGAUCUGAAGAUUUUAAUGUGGAUGCAUGGCUAAAAGAAAUAUUUACGUAAUAUCUGUCAUUUAAUUAUUGAUGUAAAAGUGUGGCGAGCAGUCAGUUAGUGGAAUAUCUUAUUCAAAAAUGUUGAGUAUCCAUACAUGUUCUAAACUAAUGUCUUUAUCUAAAAUCUGUUCCGUUUCAUAUGGAUUAGUACUUAUUUUACAUGCAGGGGGAUGAAAGGUAAGAAUUUUAAUUUUUUUUCGACUCAUUUUUUAUUGUCGUUGUAAAGCUUUCAAAAGCCUCAGUACCGAAAAGAGUUUUUCGGCAGCAGCCCAAGAAAUAAUUUUUUUAAAUUAUUGUAAUAUUGUACUAAUGACGGCCUUGGAAAGACUUGCAGGUGGAAUAUAUGCACUGGUUGGUGCAAGUAAAUUUACAAGAGUUAUGCCCAAAACUAUAGCAAAUGUUUGGAGUGUUCGCCUUCGCUGCAAAACGGAUGUUUCGUGGAACUGAGUAUGUUAUGUUGUAGCUGGCCUCUCCAACUAUCGUUCCACACAUUAUAUGAACCCAGUACUUUUGGGCUGCAGUCGUUGAAAAAAAAAGUUUUUGACAAAUUGCAGAUUUUUCCUUUCUUUCAAGGGGUUAUAAUGCUGGAACAGUGUCUGGAGCGGUAUUACGGCAGUCAUUUUUUAUCUUCAAUUUUACUUUUACUCUAUCAAUAGAAAUUCGCUUCGCUAGUGCUUCUUCUUGUGCUUCGCUAGUAUGUCAAGUGAAAAUUAUUAAAUUUUUUCCUCGAUGUUAGCGUAUAGCUUAUGGUCUUAGGGCUACGUGAUGAGAGUUUGGGAAACCGUUUGAUCACACAUACCACUUGAUCAUAUCAUUUUUCCAAAUUAGCAAAUAUUGAGCCGAUUGAAAAACUAAUUAUGCCCCUCCGGAGUUUUCAAAUCAUAUACGUUUUGCGAUUACUGACAGUAAUAUUAUAACCAUAUAGCCGUGUUUCUGAAAGGUUAAAAACUGGGAUGGUUAAUUUAGAGCUUCGAUUCCUUCUGAGCAAUAAAAAGCUUCUUGAAUCAAUUUAUUUCUAUCUAAAGCUCUGACAAUGAUUCAUCUUUAUUAUUAGUUUACUUGACCUUCUAUAAAGGGCAAACGUAUCCU